UCCUUCAUAGACAAAAGAGUUCCAACAACCUGAUUGGCCGGAACUCGACAGGUUGUCAGUUCAAACAAUAUGGACUCUCUCGCUACAGUUCAUGUUCUCGGAUACGGGAAAGUAGCGCCACUAUUGGACGUGACAGUGCAGUGUGUGGUGGCCAACCUGUCCUCUCUAUACAUAGAAAGCAUCAACUUGUUGCCAGGCAACCUGAAAGACAAAUGUCUGUAUCUGAUGUCAAAGAGAGGCUGCAUUACGGACGCAAAUCUUCCAAAAGUGUUGCAUGAGAAUCUUAGAGUGUUGGACUUAAGUGAGUCUGAUGUUUCUGACGAAGGAUUGCGACAUCUCUGUAAAUGUCCACAGCUACAGAAAAUUGACCUCAACUCUGCCAAACAAUCCCGGGUCAACAUCUCAUCUCAAGGCAUUAUUCAGCUAGCACAAAAUUGUCGCAAUUUACAGACAGUGUACCUCCGACGGUGUCUGAACCUGACAGACGAAGCCGUGAUAGCUCUGUCUACGAACUGUCCACAGCUCCGCUACCUCAAUGUGGGCGGGUGUACCAUGUUGACUGACAGAUGUCUGGAGGCCCUGGGGAGGAACUCACGAUUUCUGAAAUGUCUAAAUAUGGCCAACACCAAGAUUACAGACGCAGGCAUAAUGCAGAUAGCAACCGGUGACUGCAAACAAUGCUUGAAGGAAGUUCACAUCAAUGGAUGCCGGGAGUUGACGGAUGAGUCGGUGGAGGCCAUACUACAGUUCUGUCCCCAGAUCAACAUAUUCCUCUUCCACGGGUGUCCAAAAAUCACAGAAAUGGCCAGGGAAGCUUUGGAGAAUGUGACAAUAGAACGGAAUUCACCGAUGAAACAAGUCACGUGGACUAUUUACUGAAUCAUCUGCACAUGCGCAGACUUGGCCACGGUUAUAACUCCAUAGACUCAGUUCCUUGUCUGUGACCACAACCAGUUACCUAAAUUGUUUCCUUUUUAGUUAUGCAACAGAGGAACGUUUAUGCAUUCUUAUUUUUUUGUAUUUUUUACGAAAGGAAAAAAUGCAAAUCCUAAGAGCUUUUGAAUUUAAUAUUUCUCAUAUUGUAACAUAGAAUUCAAAGUGUAUAAAUCAAUUGGCUUUGUCUUAUGUCUGUAGGAGAGAUUGUGUGGAUAGAUGAGUGUACUCGCUGUUUGUAACGAAUCUUUGUAUGGAAGUACUCCCCAACCACCCCCACCCCCAAAUUGGCUGAGUAAGCUCACUUCAGACUUUAUUUAUAUAUGGUAGUUGAAGAUUUAUUGUAUUUCAAGUAUUUCAAUGACAAACUAACGGAGUAGAUUAUUUAUUUAUACCUUGUUGAUUUUUUUUUUUGAAGAUUAUGUUUAUUGUUCAUGUAUACAUUUUUAAAACAUA